UUGAGCGCUUCCUUUAACAAGAUGACGGCGAGAAGUGAAGGUGGUGGUGCCAGGCAGCGCUCGAAAAGCGAUGCCGAUUCUGGCUUCUUGGGGCUACGGCCCACUUCUGUGGACCCAGGACUGAGGCGGCGGCGGCGAGGUCCAAGAAAUAGGAAGCGGGGCUGGAGGCGGCUCGCGCAGGAGCCGCUGGGGCUGGAGGUUGAUCAGUUCCUGGAAGACGUGAGGCUGCAGGAGCGCACGACUGGUUGCUUGGUGUCAGAAGCCCCCAAUGAAAAACUCUUCUUCGUGGACACCGGCUCCAAGGAAAAAGAGCAGAGAAAGAAGAGGACCCGAGUGCGGAAGAAGUCACUGUGUCUCCAGAAACCGCUGCGGGCUGACCUCAUUCUUGAGAACACAUCCAAGGUCCCUGUUCCCAAAGACAUCCUCGCCCACCAGGUCCCCAAUGCCAAGAAGCUGAGGCGGAAGGAGCAGUUAUGGGAGAAGCUGGCCAAGGAGGGCGAGCUGCCCCGGGAGGUUCGCAAGGCCCAGGCCCGUCUUCUCAACCCGCCUGUGGCCAAGUCCAAGCCUCGCCCCCAGGACACUGUUGAGCGGCCCUUCUAUGACCUCUGGACCCCUGACAACCCUCUGGACAAGCCAUUGGCUGGUCAGGAUGCAUUUUUCCUGGAGCAGACCAAGAAGAAAGGCGUGAGGCGGCCACCUCGUCUUCUCACCAAGCCUUCGCGGGUACCUGCUGUGGAGGUGACACCUGCUGGAGCCUCCUACAAUCCGACCUUUGAAGACCACCAGGCCCUGCUCUUGGCAGCACAUGAGGUGGAACUGCAGCGACAGAAGGAGGCGGAGAAGCUGGAGCGGCAGCUGGCCCUGCCCUCAGCGGAGCAGGCCGCCACCCAGGAGACCAUGUUCCAGGAGCUAUGUGAAGGGCUGCUGCAGGAGUCUGACGGGGAGGACGAGAGGCCCAAGGCCCACGCAGCUGAGGCUGGAGAUGGAACCACCGAGGGCUCACCAGCGUCCACCUGGCUGGCCAGUGUGGAGAAGAAGACAGAGCAGCAGCGGCGGCGGGAGAAGGCUGCCCGCAAGCAGCGAGUGCAGCAGGCCGCACUGCGGGCUGCCCGGCUACAGCACCAGGAGCUGUUCAGGCUGCGAGGGAUCAAGGCCCAAGUGGCCCAGCGACUGGCAGAGCUGGCUCGGAGGAGGGAGCAGCGCAGGAUCCAGCGGCUGGCAGAGGCUGACAAGCCUCGCAGGCUGGGGCGGCUCAAGUAUCAGGACCCUGACAUCGACGUGCAGCUCAGCUCGGAGCUGUCUGACUCGCUAAGGACCCUGAAGCCCGAAGGUAACAUCCUCCGUGACCGGUUCAAGAGCUUCCAGAAGAGAAACAUGAUUGAGCCCCGAGAGCGAGCCAAGUUCAAACGCAAGUACAAAGUGAAGCUCGUGGAGAAACGGGCCUUCCGAGAGAUCCAGUUGUAGCACCUGGAUGUUGGAGCCUUGCCUCUCGCCACCAGUGGAUGCUGGAGCCCCGCCCUCAGUAAAGUGCCUCUGACCAGUG